AAAGUAAGGCAGAGCUCAUUCAGUGGGAUUGUUGAGCACAGAGCUCCUCGGAUUACUGUGCUAGAAAUCUGUCUGUUUGAUUUCUGGUGCUGCUCUCGCUCAUGCCCUGGACGCACUGAAGCCUUGCAUUUCAGCAGUCGAACAUCUCUGAAGCGGAUGCACAAGACUCGGAGAAGGGAGAAGAAGAGAGACUGAAACUUAUUCUCCAAUAACUCUAAGAUUGAAUACAAAGUGCCAGCAUCAUGCCUAAGCAAGUGGAGGUGAGGAUGCACGAAAGUCACCUGGAGCCCAUCGAGGCCAGGCCCAGGAACAAGUGUAUCAGCUGCUUCUCUUCUCUUUUCAAGAACCUGCUGCUCACGCUCACUGUACUCGGUGUGAUUCUGGGGGCUGUGUCUGGGAUGCUGCUUCGUUAUGCCUCUCCCAUCCACCCAGACAUAGUCAUGGUGAUUGCGUUCCCUGGAGACAUCCUGAUGAGGAUGCUGAAGAUGUUGAUCCUGCCUCUCAUCAUCUCCAGCUUAAUCACAGGUUUGGCUGGGCUAGAUGCCAAGUCUAGCGGUCGCCUGGGCACCAGGGCAAUGGUCUACUACAUGUCCACCACGGUGAUUGCUGCAGUGCUGGGAGUCAUCCUAGUGCUGGUCAUACACCCUGGAAACCCCAAGAUGAAGGAGCAGCUGGGAGAUGGCCAAAAGCAUGAUGAUGUGUCCAGCCUGGAUGCCUUCUUUGACCUCAUCAGGAACCUGUUCCCUGAGAACCUGGUGCAGGCCUGCUUCCAACAGAUCCAAACGGUAACUAAGAAGGUGGAGAAGGUGAUUGAGGAAGACAUCAAUGCCACCACCACCUUGGAGGGCCUCCUGUCCAACGCCACCAAGGAGCCUGAGUUCAUCAUCAAGAAGUCCCUCCAGUUCAAGAGUGGCAUGAACGUGUUAGGAGUGAUUGGUUUCUUCAUUGCCUUCGGCAUCUGCAUGGGGAAGAUGGGAGAGAGGGCCAAGCUCAUGCUGGAGUUCUUCAACAUCCUCAACGAGAUUGUUAUGAACCUGGUUAUCAUGAUCAUGUGGUACUCUCCCUUCGGUAUCUGCUGCCUGAUCUGUGGUAAGAUCAUCUCCAUUGAUGACCUGGAGGUGGUUGCUAGGCAGCUGGGGAUGUACAUGGUGACCGUGAUUGUGGGCUUGAUCAUCCACGGAGCCAUCUUCCUGCCUGCCAUCUACUUUGCCAUUGUCAGGAAAAACCCCUACACCUUCUUCAUGGGCAUCUUCCAGGCCUGGAUCACUGCCUUGGGGACAGCCUCCAGUGCUGGUACACUGCCUGUCACCUUCCGUUGCCUGGAGGAAAACUUGGGCAUCGAUAAGAGAGUCACCCGUUUCGUGCUACCUGUUGGCGCUACCAUCAACAUGGACGGAACCGCCCUCUACGAGGCCGUGGCAGCCAUCUUUAUCGCCCAGAUGAACAACAUCUACCUGGAUGCUGGUCAGAUCAUCACUGUCAGUCUGACAGCUACCCUGGCCAGUGUUGGUGCGGCCAGUAUUCCCAGUGCUGGACUGGUGACUAUGCUUCUAAUCCUCACUGCAGUCGGCCUGCCAACUCAGGACAUCAGUCUGCUGGUUGCUGUUGACUGGCUCCUGGACCGGUUCCGUACCUCGGUGAAUGUGGUGGGAGACUCGUAUGGCGCGGGUAUCGUGUACCACCUGUCCAAGGCUGAGCUGGAUGAGCUGGAUGCUACACAUGGCAAGUCGGGCGACAUCGAGAUGAUGAACAAGACCUCGUCCUACUAUGAUGACCUCAAGAACCACCACGAAAACAACUCCAACCAGUGCGUCCAGUAUGCCGCUCACAAUUCAGUCGUAGUAGAUGAGUGCAAGGUAACCUUGGCCACUAACGGCUCUACUGCUGCGGCAGCCGUGGCGGAGCGCACACUUGUUGAGGAGGAACCCCGGAAAAGUGAAUAAAGCCAGCACACAGAACCCCAGCUCCACAGGCUUUCUUAUCUGGUGAAAAAAAAUGUGAACAAAAAAAAGAGUCAUGCGAACAGAACUACUAAUUGUUUUUCUUAUGUAUCUUUAUUUUGCAUUUGUAUUAGUCCCUUUACAGUGUCUCUAACCAUCUAUCUGACUGACAGAUGAAUAAUACUAAUUAACUUAUCAGUGAAACGAUAACAGAGGUAUGUUUUACCUGUUAGAACACUAAUGUGUGCAUCAUAGCAAACACUUGAACAAUGGACAUCAAGGCUUGGGAGGGAGGGUGGGAAGAGAAAAACAAACGGUUACUUAAAUUAUUCCUAGAAUUGUUUCUAUGAGAGCACUGCAUUCAAAACAGGGGGAGGGUCAGUGUGUGGGUGGAGUAACACUGGAACAACAGUCCUUCAGAGUGUGAUGGUAGCUGUGAGUUUGACACUGGCAAUCUGAAAGUCUAACAACAGACUGAGUGUGGGACAUAAUCAUGCUAAACAUAAGGUAUGCCUGUAUCAAACUGCACAUUAUAUUUUUAGCAGCGUAUCGUUACUAUUAUCAAUGAUACCACAGUAGACAGCUGUUAUUUGACCCCUGGCCCCUUUUACCUCACAAGAUAACCUUUUACCUAUACCUGACAGAGCCCCUGUAACCUAUCGGAGUGUCUUUGCUACCUGCUAUUACCCACAAUCCCAUGGGGGAUUUGCCCUUUGGUGAUAAUGUAGAAUGUAGAGAUAAGGCAGGGUCUGCAGACUGAGCCUUACUCCACAAGCACAUGUUCUCUGAAAAGCACAAAAUACAAAAGAAACAUGGAACCUCUACUCCCUUUUUAAUUGUUAUACAUUUUGUUGACUACUGUAAGGGAGAGGGACUUUUUCAAUGUCGCCUCUAGUGUGAGAUUAUUUACUGUAUCUGUGUGAUUUGUGUGUGUGUGUAUCUGUGUGAUUUGUGUGUGUGUGUGUGUGUGUGUGUGUGUGUGUGUGUGUGUGUGUGUGUGUGUGUGUGUGUGUGUGUGUGUGUGUGUGUGUGUGUGUGUGUGUGUGUGUGUGUGUGUGUGUGUGUGUGUGUGUGUGUGUGUGUGUGUGUGUGUGUGUGUGUGUGUGUGUGUGUGUGCAUGUGUGGGAUGGGAGUGAGAACAUGACAUAUCUCCCCAUUACUGAUAAGGACCAAACAGGCAUAUGAUAAAUCAAGCCAGAAGCCUUCGAAACGCCUCCAUGACACUUACAGUCAUUGAUAUCGUCUUUUGGGGUUUCUUACUCUGCACACAAUCCAUUUGUAGCUAACUCCAGGUAGAAAGUGUCUCAUCACUCAUUUAAACUUCCAAAUUAGCUAUUAAGAAAUUGAUAAAGCUCUCUGCCCCGCAAUUACUGCAACACAUGAAAAUCAAAAGUAUAGGUCAAAUUUGUCUCCAAAUACAAAUAUAUCAAUAUCUUCAGUUCAGGACUGUAUUUCAUAUUAAUUAGUUCAAAGUACUAGGAAGUAUUUAUUAUACCCAUCCCAGAUAUUCUGAAGCUAUCAAUUUCAUGAUGUUAAGAACCAAGAGUUAAUUGGGAAGUACCUAGAAAUAUAUCUAGAACCAUGAUUAGUACGAAAAUAUAAAGCACAAAUUAAGUUGUUUUAAAACAGAGUACAAAAACAGAAUAUAAAUUGAAUACUGAGUCCAUAUAGCACAAUUGCAGCUUAGAGUAUAAACUAGUCAUGUAUGAUUUUUAAAAAUCCCUUUUUGACACUGAUCUCUUUUCACAUUCAUCAUUCAUACUUUGAGGAACCCAAUAAGGGAAACUAUACUCAGGCUUUAGCACAAACUCCUUGGAUUUGAAAGAGACACUUUCACAAAGUCCUCAACACGUUUAGCUGCUCAUGAAAGAAAAUAGGCCAUUGCCAGUUGCCUUGUAUAACACAAGUUGGAUAUGAAUGCUUGACUUUGAACACGUGGACUGUUUACCACCUUGAUAUUUUUUAAAGAUAUUUUUUGUAUACUUGAACCUAUAUGACAGAGAUAAAGUUUCCCUUUACACCUAUUCAUAAGUAAGCUACUUUUAUUAAGGGAUUCUUGUUAAGAACAGCACACAACAACUUUUUGUUUUCCAACAUUAACAUUCCAGUGACUCAAAGUUUCUUGGGUUCCCUUUUUGCAUGAAAGCACAAACACAUAUUUGAUCAAAAAUGGUACAGAACAACCACAGAGCUUAAAUUAAAGUGCAAGUUUCAACAGGUUGAUAACUCCCUGCACAACUAGUGUCCAGGUGGAGGUAUUACAUCCUUACUAUUUUCUUCCAGACCCUUAGAGGGGUCUUCUUAGUGAUUAAACAACUCUAACCUCUUACCACAGAUGCUGACGACUGUUCUCAGAAACCCUGAAUGCUGCAGCUAUGUGUAUCAUUGGUCUCAUAUGGUUACUACUGUAGAGCAGUCAUCUGGAUGCAUGGAAUGUUCACUGCAGACUUCCCAACUAUUAGGUAGGAGAAUUAUAUCCCCCUAAUGGACCCUAAAUGUCUAAAAAGAGAAACACACACAAAGUUAGAUCACCGGUUGCUAAUAUUUAAUGCGCGUAUGUGAUUGUAUGAGAGAUGUUUUGUGCAGGUGAGGCGUUCUGCAGGUGUGGAUGUCAUUUCUUUAUCCGUGUCGUGUCCUGCUCUCUUGUCUUGUUUUGAUCAUUUUGCUCAAUGACAACCUUGCCUUGAAGAUGUUAACUCUAAACUGUGCAGUCAGUUUGACCGUCAGGACAAUGCUGAUUAAAGUAACAUUAGAAAAAUGAACACUCACAUUCAUAGUGCAGUACACAGUCCCUUAGUUACCUUAAACACUUUCUCAGUCAGAAGAUCUACUCCAUGUUGCUUUUGAGCUUGUAUAACUGCCAUCACACACAGACACACAGAUGCAAAUACACACACAUGCAUGCACACUUGCGCACACACACACACACACACACACACACACACACACACACACACACACACACACACACACACACACACACACACACACACACACACACACACACACACACACACACACACACACACACACACACACACACACACACACGCACGCACGCACACACGCACACACAUAAACCUGGAAGGUCACCGCACACAUUCUUACAUGCAAUGAGUGAGCUGAAGAGCACAGCAUUGAAACCCCCGAUGCCCUAGGGCCUAACCUUUGACCUUGUAACCUUCAGUAAUAAGUCCUCCAGUCGGAGGAGAGGUUGCAGACCAGUGAUUCAUCAUGGGGAUUGAGUGUUGGACCAUUAUUAUGUUCAAACUCACUGUUUGCAUGAAGUAAAAAACGAGUAUAAUUUUUAUACACCACUAUCUUAAAAGCAUGAUAUUGAAGUGCCUCCUUGCACUUUGUGUAUAUAUUGUAGGUAACAGAUAUUUUUUGGUUUCUUUUAUUUGGGGGGGUGUUGACAUGGUAUGUAGAAAUAGAAAUGAAUUGCUGUGACAUUUUUUGUAAUCCUCUAGAAAAAUAUAAUCUAUGUUCUGAAUAAAAAUAGAUUAGUCAAAAUGUAUAGAAAAUAAUGUGCAAGAAAUUGUUUUAUUUUUAUUUUUUAAUAGCUGUUAACUAGUUGUCUCACAUCAAUGUAUAAAUAUAUUGUUUUGUAUCUAAUGUAAGUGUCUUGAAUGUUUGUUCCAUGGAGAUAUGUCGCGUGCAUUCCUUUUCACUGUACAUAAAUAUAUAUAUAUAUAAUUACUCUGUUCAAUGGCACUGCAGAACGUUCCAGAGGAUACAAUGAUUUUGAAGCAAACAUGUUGAACUGGAAAGACAAAGCGAAAGAGGAAGGAAAGUAUCUGAUUAAAGAAGGGAGUCCACAUGGGGUGGUGGGCUCUUUCUAAUUUGGUGAGAUGUGGAUGUAAUCAUGACUAGGUGUGCAGAAGAAGAGAAAAAUAUCAAAUUUACCCUGUACGUACUAUUAACUAAUGAAACAAGCACAGCCGAGCUGUUAGUUUAGUUCAUUACGACUGAAAUAGCAAAUCUGAUCAGAAUGUCAGGUGUAGUACCUGCCAAAAUAUAUCUCCUAAGAUGAUCGCCCAGAUCCUGGUCAAAAAUUAAUUCUAGACUUUCUACCAGAGAACACCAACACACCUUUAGUGUCCACCAUCUUGUCUUGUGCAGUAUGCACUAUGCUGUGGCAAUUACAAGACAUGGAUAUCUAUACCAAACAGUCAAGGUUCAUGUUUAGAUUCUGCCUAAGAGUUAAACUGUAACAGUAGUGAGCCCAAGUGUCAUAUCCAUGCACUAGCCUCUGUCGAACCAGCACUUUCAAACCACCAGCACCAUUUCAAUAAACCCUCCAGACACAUAUUGAUCAUUUUGCCUUUUUGCUUUUCCUAAUUGUCAUCACAAUUGUCUGCAUGCACCAACAAAUCCAAUAUAUUAAGUAAAGGGUGUCAAAAUGGAAAUUGAUUGGCACAGUAUUUCUAAGAGUAGCCAGUAGAUCUUUAUAUCUAUAAGUCUGUAUUCUACAGACGUCUCUGUCUUUCUGAUAGGAUCAUCCUGAGUAUCCUGAUAACCUAUCUAUUUGAAAUGUUGUUGUUGUAAUAUUGAUGUAAAGGGAGAGCGUAUGUGGGGGGAGAUAGAAUAUUAAAAAAUAAAGGCAAAACAUAUAUGAAUUAUUUUCUUUACCAGCUCUGUGGUAUAAAAGUAUGUUCAUAUCAAUAAGUGUUGUACCUUUGGUGUACAUAUGAUUAUGAUAACUAAUAAAUGUUGAUUCAUAACUAAA